CUUUUAACUUCUUUAGUCAUUAACCCAAUCAUACUGAGGUAUAACUCUUACUUACCGAGCAUGGAGGAUGCAGGAAGCAGCCGCGGAGGCACCAGCUCGUGCUACCGAGGCGUCCGGAAGCGGAAGUGGGGGAAGUGGGUGUCCGAGAUCCGCGAGCCCGGGAAGAAGACGAGGAUAUGGCUCGGCAGCUUCGACACCGCGGAGAUGGCCGCCGCCGCCUAUGACGUGGCAGCACUGCAUUUCCGGGGCCGCGAUGCCCGCCUCAACUUCCCCGCACGGGCUGCCAGCCUCCCCCGCCCGGGGAGCUCGAGUGCGGACGACGUGCGCUUGGCCGCCCACGAGGCGGCGCUGCGACUGCGGGCGGCAGCAGCCCCCAGCCCCAGCUCGGCCCUGAACAAGGCGGCCCCGGUGACCGUGAGCCUCCCGCCGGCCAUGAUCGCGGCCAUCAACGAGUGGCCGCUAGACUCACCGACGAUGUGGAUGCAGAUGGCAGAGGCGCUGCUGGCGGCGGAGGAGUCGCCACCGGCUUCGUUCUCCUCGGUGGGCAGCGCUAACUCUUGGGACAAAGAGCUGUUUGGAGACGUGCCCAACGAAUGUUUGCUUUGGGAAAGGAUAUAGCCUUGAUACAGCCUUGAAGCCUUACAUUACACACACAGUACACAGAUAAUCGUGCAUCCAUAAGACAGUUUGUAACUUGAUUUGGAAGUACAUCGCGGGUAAGACAGAGAGCUCGCGUAGUGAUUUAGAUGUCGAAUUAACCGCAAUCGAUGUAACCUUUUUCUUAAGUAACGUCAGAAAAAAAAUGUUGAUUCAC